AUGACUAUAAGCCUGACUGCCAUCGUUGUUGAGAUCACUGGAGAUCUGCAACAGCUCCCCUAUAUUAUGAUCACUGUCAUUGUGGCGAAGCAAGUAGCUGAUCUGUUCCUUAAAGGUGCUUAUGAUCUUGUACUGGAAGUUCGACAGGUUCCUUACUUAGAGGAGCUCGAUUCUUACCAUGAGUACGCAAUGAGGGAUGAAAGCGGAGGAAUGAUCGAGUGUAGAAGUGAGUCGGCCGUGGGCUUAGUUGAAAUGUCCAGCGAUCUGCAGCGAGUGAAACUGUGUUUAAGUCUAGUGUGUGGCGCUCUGAGGCGAACAGCGCUGGCAGUUGAUGUUGCUGAUAAACUCGGUAAGUACUUGAACCAGAUCGAUACUCAGACUCAUCAUAUCAACGGAGACUUCCUUAAUACACUUUCGAGUCGAAUCGAUGCAAUGGAAGCUCUGUUCGAUGGUGGUGCUCUUGAGGAGUUCGCCGUAGAGAGUCGGCAAUGUGUGGAGCACGAAGAGAUGCAAAAAGUGAAACUGUCACUAGGUCUGAUAUGUGGAACACUCAGACGCUUGGCCUCAGCUCAAGGGGUUCUAGGGAAAGUAGAAAAGUAUAUCGCACAAAUUGAUAAACAUACCAGUAGCAUACACGGUGAUGUACUCACGGUGCUUCAUCACCGAGUAUUGGCUCAAGAAGGGAGAAUCAUUCACAAGCUGAAAAAGGACCAAGGCGAGGUGGUGACUGAAAGCGGGCUAACAUCUUCCCGCAGGGACGAUCUAGAGGACCUCCAGAAAGCGAAGCUGUGCCUUGGUCUCGUCUGCGCUACUCUGAGGAGAGUCGCAAGCUCAUCAGAGGUGCUCCCGAAAGUCGAGAAAUUUAUAAAAGAAAUCGACUCGCAGACCAGUGGCAUCAAUGGUGAUUAUCUUAACACCUUGUGGGCUCGGCUUGAUCGUAUUGAUGAACACAUUCAAGUCAUGGAUGCUCCAGAGAGAGAGCGGAGCCGUCAAGCCGUCUUGAAGGCUAGAAAAGCACCCAUUCCCAAAACAGGUGGAAGUGCAGACGACCUCCAGAAAGUGAAGCUUUGCCUUGGCCUCCUCUGCGCGGUGAAUCGUAAGACCUCUCUGGCGGCAGGAAUCGGCGAGAAUUUGAAAAAACACUUAAUACAGAUCGAUCAACAGACCAGCGGCAUAAACGGAGACGUCUUGAAUGCAUUACUUGGACGAAUACAGGCAUUAGAGCAUAGGAUGGAUGUUCGAGAUGAGGAACUCGGGACCAGAGACGAGUCCGGCUCUGCCUCUCCGGAACAUGAUGUCAUUUCCCGGAUGGAGCAAAUCGAGGAUGCUGUGGCUGGUCUAGAGAAUAGACUCAACGCUAUCGGCUCGUCAAUGAGAGGGUUCCACCGUAAAUGGUCCUCUGCACAGCUUGGCGGGCAGGGCCCGGAGGAACUGGUCGAUCAGAAGACUCUGCAACGGCGUCUCAUCAUCGUUGAAGCGAAGCUUGAGGGAGUUGAAAGUGCCAGAGCCAGAGCUGGUGACAUUCAAGCCAGGAUGCUCCAACUUGAAACUAAAAAUGACGAGUUAACUCGCCUAGUUGAGUCGAUGAAUAUUCGUGGCGGGAAGAAGCCUAGCUCGAACAGAGAGAGGAAUGACGACCUGCUCGCAAAUAUAAUUAAUGACGUACGGUUAGCUCCAUCGGUUGACAGGCCAGGGCUGGAUCAAGGGGACUACUCUAGGCAGAUUACCGCACUAUGCUUGGAAAAUAUGGACGAUUUGGCAGCUACUAUGGAUGGAUUCAAUGCCGAGCUGGACGAGUUGAGGAGUAAAACUGAUGCGAUGCAGACCGUGUUGACGAGUCGCUCUCGCAUCGAUGAGGCAAUGACCCUCGAGCCCAACCACCGUCACAUCAAAGCGUCUGUCAUGAGUGGUCGUCGGCAUCGCACUGAGUCCGGGCACAGUAACGCGGCUGGUAUGGACGCAGAUUGGAGUCCAGACGUGGACUCACCAGUCAAUACGCUCCCAGCUAAUGGUGACCUCGCCCGCAUCGACGUAGGGAGCUCUAGAAGAGAUCAACAACGGCCGUGGUUGAACCCGGGGCCCCUCGGUGGCGACUUGACCGACGUCAAGAAGGAAGUCUCGAGACUGUCUGAGCGAAUGAACGCCUACCGUCGGGAGAUGAGCGAAAUGAAGAAGAGCGCUGAACGGCUGACUGAGGAACUAGGUCAGAGUCGACGGACCAGCGCCGAGAUCGAAAGGACUCUACGCAGUGACUUGAGUGAACGAAUUGCCCUGUUCAUUGAAACACUGUUGCAGCGCUAA